UGUACCCGUGACGAGCUGCUGCUGCUAAGGACACGCGCGUGCGCGUACACGCGAACAGCAGUGUCACGAGCACGACCGACGGCCAUGGCGAGCGGCGACCCAAAGCCGGACGAAAACUACUCCUCCGAUGGCGGCGACACCACCGACGCCGAGUCCUCCGACGAGUCCCCACGUCAGCCGCGGAGCCCCCCCCGCGCCAACCCCAUCCUGACGCGCCUCUCCGUGUCGCGGAAUCCGAGCCCACUCUCCGCCGCCACCGCGGCGCCUGGGGUCUGCCUCCUCCGCUUCGCCUGGGAGUCGGCCGCCGGUUCCCUCGUCGGAGCCGUCGUUGGAUAUGGAAAAGGUUUGGUUACCACAAAAGGGUUUAAAGGCUCAUUUGCUGACGCUGCCUCUUCUGCUAAGAUAUUUGCUGUUCUUGCCGGCGUUCAAAGUUUGGUUUCUUGCUCUUUGAGAAAGCUACGUGGAAAAGAUGACGUUAUUAAUGCAGGAGUUGCAGGCUGUUGCACUGGCCUUGCUUUGAGUUUUCCAGGUGCACCGCAAACUCUGAUUCAGAGCUGCCUGGCUUUUGGAACUUUCUCGUACAUCAUAGAAAAGCUCAACAGACAGCAGCCUGCACUUGCGCUACCGUCAGCCGCUGGCCCGAAGAACCUGAAGGCUGGUCCGAGUGUUCUUCCCCCUUUCACGCUUAACAUGCCGCACGAUGCGAUGGAAGGUUUCUCUUCGUUUCAAAACUUUUUGUCAAAGUUCCGAGAAACCUGAACGACCUGGAGGCAUGAUGGUAGCUUCACCCGUUACAUACUUCGAUUUCUGUCCAUGUAAAUGCAUCGAGCUGAGUUUUUUGUUUCCAGUUUAGUGUAUCACGAAGGAUGAUCAUUCUACCCUGCCUUUGAACAGUUUUUCAAAUUACUCUCCAGAAGGAAAGCAGCUUAGCUUGUGUCCAACCUGAUGAAUAAUCGUGUAUGACCUGGGCAGCAGAUUGCCUGAACCUUUCUGAUAGUCCUUUGCUAGCGAAUCCUCUUGUAUAUGACGGGUACUCAAUAAUGUUUCGUCAGGUCUUAGAAUAAGACUAGACUGGUAAUUUCCAA